UUUGGCACUCCCCAGCGGGGGAUUGGUGCUGAAAGGCUUCAUUGUGUCGCGGAUUGAAUGGGGGAGUUUGCGUUUUGUUGAAGUCCGUCUGUUAUCGUCCACACAGCGCGGAUUAACUGGUCUGCCCGAGUCCGAGCCAUGCGCGUUAUCAUGCCGCAAACCUCCAGCGGUGCAUUUAUUGUGCAUGAUACAGAUAAAUGCGCCCAGCUUCAGAGCCGCUGCCGCUGAGUGAAGGAUGCUCAACAGCUCCUAGAAAUGAACGGAGGGCCCGACAGAUACGGAUUAACAAUGUAGGGAUGCUAUUCAUCUGAUACAGAGCUCUGCGGGUUUGCAUCAUCGAUGGAGAGGGUGUCUGGUCACCUAUAAAAAGCCUGCACUAUCUUUUUUGGUUGCUUUAUUCUUGAUUACACUUUGGUGCCGAAGACGUUUUUCCAAAGGAUUUACCCUCGCUGGGCAUCAGACAAAAAACAUGGGGAACGCAGAAAGUAUGGAUGCUCAGCUCACAGAUUUCAGGGCGAGGGGCAGCAAACCCCCUAAACUGCCCAUGCCGGACCCGGCCGAGCUUGAGGAGAGAUUUGCUAUCGCACUGAACUCUAUGAACCUUCCUCCAGAUAAAGUGAGGCUCCUUAGACAGUAUGACAAUGAAAAAAAAUGGGAGCUGAUAUGUGAUCAGGAACGAUUCCAAGUGAAGAAUCCUCCCCAUACGUACAUCCAGAAGCUCAGAAGCUUUCUGGACCCUGCCGUCACCAGGAAGAAAUUUAGAAGGCGAGUUCAAGAGUCAACUCAGGUGCUCAGAGAGCUGGAGAUAUCUCUUAGGACCAAUCACAUCGGGUGGGUGAGAGAGUUUCUCAAUGAGGAAAAUAAAGGGCUUGAUGUUCUUGUGGAGUACCUGUCUUUUGCCCAGUAUGCUGUCACGUUUGAUGGAGAUGUAUCAGAGAGCACCACAGGUGAGACUUCUGUAGAGACCCCUUGGAGCAGGUCUAUAGAAGAUCUCCAUGGCGACAGCAAUCUACCAUCACCGGUCAGCGGCUGCAGCAUACCACGAUCCACACGGCACUCCAUUAGGUCUAAUACUUUGCCCAGUCGCAGAACUCUGAAGAAUUCACGUCUGGUGUGUAAAAAAGAUGACGUUCAUGUCUGCAUCAUGUGUCUCAGAGCUAUUAUGAACUACCAGUAUGGCUUCAACAUGGUUAUGUCCCAUCCCCAUGCUGUAAAUGAAAUUGCUCUGAGCCUUAACAACAAAAACCCCAGGACCAAAGCCCUGGUUUUGGAGCUGUUGGCUGCUGUGUGUUUGGUCAGAGGAGGACACGAGAUCAUCCUUGCUGCUUUUGACCAUUUCAAAGAGGUCUGUUCAGAAUCCCAAAGGUUUGAGAAAUUGAUGGAACACUUCAAAAAUGAAGACAACAAUAUUGAUUUCAUGGUGGCGUGCAUGCAGUUCAUCAAUAUUGUGGUGCACUCAGUAGAGGACAUGAACUUCAGAGUUCAUCUCCAGUAUGACUUCACUAAGCUCGCUUUGGAUGACUAUCUGGAGAGGCUGAAGCACACUGAAAGUGAUAAACUCAAAGUGCAAAUCCAGGCUUACUUGGAUAACCUGUUUGACGUGGGGACGCUUCUAGAGGACGCAGAGACCAAAAACGCUGCCCUGGAACGUGUGGAGGAACUGGAAGAGAAUCUCUCCCAUAUGUCCGACAAACUUUUAGAAACAGAGAAUGAGGCCAUGUCUAAAAUCGUGGAACUUGAUAAACAAUAAAAAAAAAAUAAAAAACUCGAAAUUACCCAGGCUGUGUACCGGGACGCCAGCUCGCAAGUUCACACACUUCGCCGGAUAGUUCGUGAGAAGGAUGAGACCAUUCAGAGGCAGUCCACUCUGGAGAAGAAGAUCCAUGAGCUUGAGCGCAGAGGCAGUCUCCAGAUCCAGGUGAGGGGUGAGGGAGAUGGGGAAGGAGACGUGUCUCCACUGCCGUCACCUCCUCAGCCCAUGGCUCUUUCCCCCAACCCUGAUGCCAUGGCUCUGGCCGGAGCCUGUGCUGGGGCAGCGUACAGCUCUGGCAGCACGUCCCAGACCGGCACUCUUCGAGCAAUGGUCACACCACCUCCUCCUCCUCCUCCACCACCUCCAGUGGCAAGUUCCUCUGUUCCCAACGGGACAUCGCAGGCACUCGCUGCUCCACCACUGCCGCCGCCUCCUCCACCACCUCCUCCUCCUCCCCCACCUCCACCUCCUGGGCACUCUAUUGAGAUCUCUGCUCCUUUGCCCCCACCUCCUCCUCCUUGUGCUCCUCCUCUUCCAGGAAGCGGCACGCCAACUGUCAUAUUCAACUCUGGCUUGACAGCUGUGAAAAUUAAAAAGCCAAUCAAAACCAAGUUCCGCAUGCCAGUGUUCAAUUGGGUGGCUCUGAAACCAAAUCAGAUCAAUGGCACCGUCUUCAAUGAAAUCGAUGACGAGAGGAUCUUGGAGGAUUUAAAUGUAGAUGAGUUUGAAGAAAUGUUCAAGACCAAAGCCCAGGGCCCUGCCGUCGACAUGACGAUGCAAAAGCAGAAGGCUCCUCAGAAGGGUCCCAAUAAAGUAUCACUACUGGAGGCCAACAGGGCCAAAAACCUUGCCAUCACACUCCGCAAGGCAGGGAAGAGCCCAGAGGAGAUCUGCAAAGCAAUCCAGACGUUUGACCUACGUACAGUGCCUGUGGAUUUUGCGGAGUGUUUGAUGCGGUUCAUGCCAACUGAAAGUGAGGUGAAGAUGCUCCGCCAGUAUGAGCGGGAACGACGGCCAAUGGACGGGCUCACUGAUGAGGACCGGUUCAUGAUGCUCUUCAGUAAGAUUGAAAGACUGCCACAGCGGAUGACCAUCAUGGCCUUCAUGGGCAACUUUAGCGAUAGCCUGCAGAUGCUCACACCGCAACUGCAUGCUAUUAUAGCAGCAUCCGUAUCCAUAAAAUCAUCACAGAAAUUAAAGAAAAUCCUUGAGAUCAUUUUGGCCCUUGGGAACUACAUGAACAGUAGUAAGAGAGGAGCCGUUUAUGGCUUCAAACUUCAGAGUUUGGAUUUGCUGUUGGAGACCAAGUCCACAGACAGGAAGCAGACACUUUUGCACUACAUAGCCAAUGUGGUGAAGGAGAAAUAUCCUGUUGUAUGCGUUUUUUACAAUGAGCUGCACUACAUUGAGAAAGCUGCUGCAGUCUCACUGGAGAAUGUUCUCCUGGAUGUGAAGGAGCUACAGAGAGGUAUGGAUCUGACCAGAAGAGAGUGCAGCAUGCAUGGCCACAACUCCCUGCUCAAAGACUUCAUCCAUCACCACGAGGCCAAACUGAAGAAGCUCCUGGAUGAUGCUAGGAUUGCACAGGAUGCCUUUGACGAUGUUGUCAAAUUCUUCGGGGAGAGCCCCAAGACCAUGCCACCUUCUGUGUUCUUCCCCGUGUUUGUUCGCUUCAUCAAGUCCUAUAGGCAAGCGGAUGAAGAGAACGAGCAGAAGAAGAGGCAAGAGCAGCUGAUGAUGGAGAAACUUCUGGAACAGGAGGCCAUGAUGGAGGAGCACGAGAAUCAACAGUCACCAUCUCACAAGGGCAAGCGGCAGCAGCAGGGGCUAAUUGCUGAGUUAAGGAAGAGACAAGGCAAAGAUAGCCGCCACGUUUAUGAAGGCAAAGAUGGAGCCAUUGAGGACAUCAUUACGGACCUGCGCAGUCAACCCUUCCGACGGGCCGAUGCCCUGAGGAGGAGUGGGAGAAGGAACUUAGAGGUACAGCACCUUCAGCUACGCAACAUGGAGAUCACCACCUGCUAACCAAGCUUUAUCAACUUUUAAGGACAGAAGGUGGGCCAGUGAUGCUACUGGAAAAAAAGAACAAAAAAUAGCACACUUAGAACAACGGAAAGAUGGAUAAAUGUGACAUUGAACACUUCUGUUUACCUGGGAUCUGGCAUCUCAAUUUAAUGGACUGUUUUAAAGAAAGCAAGAUGAAGAAAACAUGAAGUAUAGAGUGUUGUAGGGUGACCAUAUUUUAGUUUUCAAAAAAAGAGGACAGUGGGGGCAGUAUGUAAUUUCCAUUCCUAAAAUACAUAUUUUACAGUCACAUUGAUUUUAAACACAGCUAAAAGGCUUCCUACCAGUGGUCAUCCUUCACAAAACUUAACUUUUACCACUGUUUUAUCAUAUGUAGAAUGCAAAAUGUUUUGAAACAAUUGAACAAUAUGAGCAUUUCAGUCAAAUGUAAUUUAUGCAGUAUUUCAAACCUUUAACCCACGGGAGAAAAUCAACCCACCGCAACAGUUUAUAAUCAGCCCGAUUCGAUUUGACAACCCUGCAUCCAACACAAGCUACAUCCAAAGUGAUUUAAAUACUCUGCAUAUUGAUAGCGGCUCCUUGAUGUGUGAAAAUUAUAUUCGAUAUUAGAAUGUUUGCGGGAGCAGGCUGUAAUAGUCCGAAAUUGGGAGCGUGAUUAAGAAAACAGUCCCGUGCAGGGCUUUUAAUACAAAACUGCACACAAUGAAUGGCGACUGUAGAAAGCAAAAGCCGAAUCCCAGACAUUUCUGGCGAUUUUGAAAUCCUGGCUGGACACACAUUUUUUUUUAGGUCCAAAAAGAGGACAUGUCCUGGGAAAAGAGGAUGUAUGGUCACCCUAGUGUUGGAUGCAAUAUGUUGGCCUAUACAGUCAAAUGUGGAUUCUACAAAUGGACACUAGGAAAAAGAAUGUGGUUUUUAUGGGUAACUCUAUUCAGUUUUGUGACAUUGUGUAUAAUGUACAAGACAGAGCAGAAAUGCCAAAGGAAGUCCUUGGAUAGGCCCACUUUUCAUUUUCAUUGUCAUUUAACCUCCGGUUCUAAAACUCCGAACUGAGCAGCUUUUUCUGAGGGGAAGAUUUGCAAGAUGCACUUUUAAUUUUUCUAUUUUUAAAUUUGAUCACCUUAAAACUGAAUUUUUGAUUAAAAAACACAGAUGAAGUGCGAGAGAGAGAUUCGAUCUUAAGCUGGACUUGAUACUGUAAAGCUAUUGAGGAUUACUCUUCUUUAGCGGACUGGAAAAUAAUGUUGAGAAAAUGUUUACUACCAAGCAUUCACAACCAGUGUGACAUUCUAUGUACAAUACAUCUCAUUUUAAUCACAGACUUGCUCUCCUACUGGUUUUAUCUCAUGUGACAUUUGUGAGCUGUGGAAAAGAGUUUGCUGUUUUUUUAAAAAGAAGACAAUUCAUUGGACAAAAAAAAAAAAAGUCUUUUUUUUAAAUGUACAGAUAUUUUGCUACAAAAUUGAGCAUCUUAUUUUUUACAUUGUUCAUCCAUUGUGGUGCUGUACAUAUUGUUGAAACAAACCAACUUGUCCUGCAAUAUCACUGGAAUGUUAUUAACUUUUAUGUUGUUUAGUAUGACAGUAUUAUUUAAUCUGAUGGUGAAGACAGUGAAUCAACUUACUCUGUGACCUAAAUUGCUCUCUCAUCACUAUUGUUGCAUAUGGUAAAUGUCUGUGAUUGCACGUAACACUUGAAAGCUUGAACAGACACUAGUGGCACAUAUAACUUUUUUCUACUUUGAUCUCUUUAACUGGAAUCAGUGGUUGUGUGCAAAUAAAGCAAUGACACCAGCACCAUUAAAAACAGUGAUUCUUUUGUUUGUUAUGAUAAAUGUGAUGCUGGAGCUACUUGAAAAUAAAAGUGGUGUGGGCACCUAAUGCUGCCACAAGGUGGUAGCAACCCCUUGUGUUCAAGGAUCUUUGGCCCCAGGUCCAUGGAACAGGCAUUUAUACUAAUAACUUGGAAAGAUUACAGUUACUAAUUGAUUUAAACUAAUUCUAAUUAUUUUAUUAAAACUAUUUAAUUCAAACUAUUCUUUUAAAAAUGUGCCUGUUUCUGUGAAAACACUAUUGCUGUGAUCUGCAAUACUAAAAAUGACAUGAAAAUAAUGGACAAAAUGACUAA